AUGACCGUCCCGACUAGCCUUUACGACAAAAACGACUCCGUCAUGACUAGAUCAAAAUUUCAACCGUUAAUUAAAAGAAAACCGUCCAUAGUAGUGAAAACCGGAACAACUCCAAAUUCAUCACCAUUACCACGCAGACCUAUUCACGAGUCGCUCCCGCAUCUUUAUCUACCUGAUGUUGAGCCACAUCCUGAUCUUUAUCAUGAUGCAGAUGCGAUGACUGUAGCAACGCAAAUAACUAUCGAUUCAGAUGAAACAAGAACAACAGCAAUUAAUGAAAAAGAAGCACUAGACACAACGAAUGAAAAUAAUUUAAACACAAGCAAAACAGUUGUUGAUUUUCAUCGAUGCUACCACAAUCAGAAACAUCAUCUUCGUCGCCACCUUUUCUUCCUGAAUCCCAUGCCUCACAGACGAAUUUGA